GCACCAUUUUUGUUUUGGCACAAGUCUACGCUGUUCCCUUCUACUCAACUGACAGGACGAAUAAUUAAAUUCCUUCGUAAAAUAACAAUGUGAAUAUUAUAAACGAUUCAUAUUAUUUAUAUCCUUAUGCGAUUGAGGGGCAAGCGAAUUUUGUGUAGGUGAUACUGUUGACCUCUACUGUUGUACAGCUUCGACGCUAAUCCGACAUCGUCAUCACUGAUUCACCAGUUACUCAUAAGUGGUGAGCAAGAGAGAGUUUUUGUUUGUGUUUUGCUUUCCCAUUCGUCGGCUGGCGCAGGCAAUGAUGAAAAGUUUAAUGUCCAACAUAAGCGAAGCAAUACCUGAAAUAAAGAGGCUUUGCCUCGCCACCGAGCAAAGUCAUAUCGCAGCGAAUGCCAUGAUGCUGACAAAGCUAGAUGAACUCAAUUCGCAAGUCCUGUCCCAGCGCGCGGAAAUCGAAAACUUGACGAGGGCGGUUAGGACCCUCACGGAAUUCGUUAAGCAGUCGACGAAAACGACGAGGCCGAGGGCGAAGGGGAAUCCGGACGAUGAUUUUCCAAUUCUGUAUGAGGAGGAUCUCGUCGAAGUGGAUCACAAGAUAAGCCAGGACUCCAGGGGGAUCUAUACCAAAUCCAUUUUGAAAUUCUUGCGCCAGGGAAGAAUAAGUCGCUCCAUAAGAUCCAUUUUCUCCGAGGAUAUCCUGUUGAACUACAACGUUGACGGGUGUAAAAAUAAGAAAAGACUGAAAGAUCACGAGUAUUUGUUUCGUUCGCUAAUGGACGCCAUCAGUCAGGUGGAACCUACACUACCCUCAGAAAAAGCAUUAUCCAAAGCCAUGAGAUGCGUUAAGAAUUGCGCGGCCAAGAAGAAGGGCAGGGUAGAUGAUGACCCCUUGGCCUUUUUGAACGUGGAGAUGAACGAUGAGCUGAAAUCAUAACUAUAUGCCCAUUUUAGAAUGACUUAUAGAAGCUAGGAUAAAUUAAAUUCUUUGAUAAUUACGGGCCAAUCAACGAGAGUUGAGGAGUCAGAGAGCGUUGUUGAUAAUAAAAAAUGAAUACCCAAAAAGUGGUUGAUGAAUCAUCA